AUGAUGGCAGAAAAUCCAGGUAGCGAUGGCUUUUCGGAAGCAGAUAAAUUGAAAGAAGAAGAGAUUGAUCUUAAUCAAGAAUUAGAACACAGCGAUUCUAACGAAGACGAUUCUCAAGAAAUAUCCCUAGAAGUUGAAGAAAACUUACUGAAAGAUGAACCCGAAUAUACAACUUUAGUCAAUUAUGGUGAAAGUGUCCAGGAGAGUCAAAGUGAUGUUGUUGAGACAUAUGUAGACAAUUUCAGUAAUGUAGAGAUAUCACAAACCACUGAUGAACUUGGCAAUGGUAUAUAUAUUGAGAGCUCUAAUAACUUGAUGAGUUCACAAUCUGAUUCAUUGAAUGAUAUUACAGACCAGUAUGAACCUUAUGUUAAUGAAUAUAACUUUGAGACACAGGAGUCUACCAGUGAUAAGCAAUAUGAUAAUGUUAAUGAACAGUUCGAAGAUACUGGGGCUAAUAGAGAUAGUAUUAUAAUUCCAAAUAUGAAUGACUUUCAGCAAACUGAAAAUAAUUUUGACAACCAAAUGUCAGAAGAAUAUUUAAUGAAUGAAAGGGAAAGAGAGAAGAAAAGUAAAAAAGAAUUAGAGGAAGAAGAACGAGAGAAAAUGCAGGUUUUGGUCUCAAACUUCACUGAAGAGCAAUUGGAUAGAUAUGAAAUGUAUAGACGAGCAGCAUUUCCAAAAGCAGCUGUUAAACGUUUGAUGCAAACUAUUACUGGAUGUUCUGUUGGACAAAAUGUAGUGAUUGCAAUGUCUGGUAUUGCAAAAGUCUUUGUUGGAGAGGUUGUUGAAGAAGCACUCGAAGUCCUCGAAAAGUCUGGUGAGCCUGGGCCAUUGCAGCCAAAACAUUUGAGAGAGGCGUUACGUAGAUUGAGAAUGAGAGGUGCCAUACCAUCAAGGAAAGCUCACAGGAGCAUGUUUCGGCUU